AUGCGGUACAUUCACUCCGAGGAGACGCUGCCAAUCCCCGAGAAUGUCACGGUCAACAUUCGCUCGCGGGUUGUCACCGUCGAGGGACCCCGAGGCAAGCUUACGAAGGAUCUUUCUCACAUCGCUGUGACCUUCACCCGCCCCAACAAGAACACCAUUGCGAUCGAGCUGCACCACGGUGCUCGUAAGGGUGUUGCUACUCUCCGAACCGUCCGUACCCUCAUUAACAACUUGAUCAUCGGUGUCACCCGCGGAUUCUUGUACAAGAUGCGUUACGUCUACGCUCACUUUCCCAUCAACGUGAACAUUGAGAAGAACAGCGAGACUGGUCUCUUCGAAGUCGAGAUCCGAAACUUCCUUGGCGAGAAGAUCGUUCGCCGCAUCGUCGCCCAGCCUGGUGUUGAGGUUAUUACCUCCCCCAACGUCAAAGAUGAGCUUCAAUUGUCCGGAAACUCCCUUGAGAACGUCUCCCAAAGUGCCGCCGACAUCCAGCAGAUCUGCAGAGUUCGCAACAAGGAUAUCCGAAAGUUCCUUGACGGUCUCUACGUGUCUGAGCGAACCAACAUCGUUGUCGAGUAA